UAGCACUAUAUAGGUAACCAAACAUUACAUUACACCACAGCUGUUUACUUAUGCUAAAUGAAGUACACCCGCCUCAGAUUGGUGGAUUAUUGACGGUAAAUGGUGAAGUUGGGCCUACAAAGUGAAAAAAGGUAUAAAUCGAGAAAAGCAGAGUACGAGUCUGAGUGAGGCCACGGGACGAACACCAUGCGUGCGUUGGUGAAAGUUGGCGGCAAACGCUUAAGCUCUGCGCUGAGCAGCCUCAGCUCGCCGUAUAUCCGCCGCUUCUGCAGCAGCCUUAACUCCGGCUCCGUUCAUCCCAGUGCAAACGUUCACCCCAAUGCCGUUUUGGGUCAGGGUGUUUCAAUUGGACCCUUUUGUACUGUUGGAUCGUCGGCGAAGGUUGGCAAUGGCUGCCGAUUAUACCCCGGAAGCCAUAUUUUUGGAAAUACAGAAGUUGGGGAGCGUUGUGUUUUGUUGACUGGUGCCAUUGUUGGUGAUGAUCUUCCAGGGCGUACCGUGCUCGGGUGUGAUAAUGUUAUUGGACACCAUGCCGUGGUUGGUGUCAAAUGCCAAGAUUUGAAGUACAAGUCAGGGGAUGAAUGUUUCCUUGAUGUUGGGGACAACAACGAUAUCAGAGAGCAUACUUCAAUCCACCGAUCUUCAAAGUCGAGUGAUAUAACAGCUAUUGGGAAUAACAAUCUUAUCAUGGGAUCUUGUCAUAUUGCCCACGAUUGCAAGAUCGGAAACAACAUCAUUUUUGCAAAUAAUACAUUGCUGGCAGGCCAUGUUGUGGUGGAAUGUUACAUCGUGUCUUGCAUUUCAAACUCCUCUUCUACAUCAAAUGAUUAUGCUCACACAGCAGGGGCUGUCGUCGUUCAUCAAUUCUGCCAUGUUGGCUCUUUCUCAUUUAUUGGUGGUGGCUCUGUGAUCACACAGGAUGUUCCAAAGUACAUGAUGGUUGCAGGAGAAAGAGCUGUGCUUCGUGGUUUAAACCUUGAAGGUCUACGGCGUAAUGGAUUCACAGCCGCAGAGAUCAGAAGCCUGAGAACAGCUUACCAAAAGAUAUUCAUGCCUGCUGAUGAAAAUUCCGGGGAUUUUGAAGAAUGUCUUUCCCACGUGGAGCUGCAUGCUGAAUUGGCUCAUAUACCUGCAGUCCGUUCCAUGGUGCAGUCUAUCCGUGACUCUUUUGAAGGAAAGCGACGUGGAAUAUGUAAAUUCAGACAUUGGAAUGGCUCUUAAAAGCAUGUAACAGUGACCUAACUGCUAGUGUAUUUACAAAACCGCUGAGGAUGUGCUCCGGUAUGUAGUAUGAAGAACUUGCCAGGCAGCUCGUGGUUGUGCCGAGGAAACAAUGGAAUACAACAAGAAGUCGCAGAUGCAUAGCAGAAUGUAGAAUCUUUUUCAACUAGUGAAUUGUUUGAAGGAAAUUACUUGUGCAAUUUCUUUGAAGUUAGAAAAAACAAACAUUCCUUUGAAUUUUUGUGCAAGAACAUUGACCUCAAAUUCACAGAAAAUGCUAGGAAUUCAUUUGAUGCUUUAAAAAUGUUUGUUUUUUAA